AUGUCCCCCGCGCCCACACACACCUGCACCCGACCGGGUGGGGAGGUGCCAUGGAGCAUGCGGGGCAUGUGGGGCAUCGGCCGUCACGUGCCGCACAUUCACCUCCACUCCCAUCCACUCUCCCUCUUCCGAUCCCUCCUCCUCCUCCUCCCCUUCCCCCUCCCCCUCUCCCUCUCCCACUCCCUCUCCCUCUCCCUCUCCCUCUCCCCCGCCCUGUUGCUCGCCCUGUGCGCCCCCACUGCCCUCUACUGCCGCCUCCGCCAUCCUUCCCACGUCCCCCUCGCUGCGUGCCCAUGCCGCCGCCCCCCCGGCGGGUUGCGUCCGCCGCACGGCGCGCAUCAGCGCGGGAGUCACCAUGCGCGCAGCAGCGGCAGCGCGCUCCCUCGCCGUCGCCUCUCCGCCCAGCCUCGCCGCCAUCAGCGCCUUCAGCAGCGCGCGCUCCCUCGCCCUGCGCUGCUCCCUGCGGCUCCGCGCAUUCGCCUCCUCAUCGCCGCCCGCCACUCCAUUUCCGCCUCGCUUUUUCCCUGCACGCUCCCCUCGUCCGCGCUCCCCUCGUCCGCGCUCCCCCGCCUUGCGCUGCUCCUCCCUCCGGCGCUCAUCUCUUGGGUGCUCCACGAUUCCGCCCUCCUCUCUUGCGCGAGCAUUGCGCGCGGACGUGCUGGCGGGCAGUGA